GUACUGUUUGACGUUUUCCCCACGUGCAAUUAAUUUUAGUUUGCGCGGGCUCCGGCCUCCGCCAGGCAAGGCUCACCUGCAGACCCUCGGGCCACCAGCAGGGAGGCACGCACUCCUCCUCGCAGCGCGCCCAGCCGGGGGUCAGCGGUGUGGCUGAGCUGGCGGGGAGCGCGGGGCUGGGGGGCGCUACCUCCCUGUGGAGCUCGGCGCUGGGGCCGGGAGCCCGGAGCCUCCGCGGGGAGGGACGCGCUAAUGUUGCCGGGAAGCAGCUCCGGGUUGCAGGGCAGGAACGUGCCCUUCCCCCGCGGUAAACUUUCCGUCGCUGCGACGGAAGCAGGAACUUGCUAACCACAAAACCCGCCAGGCCGGUGCGGGAGCUGCGGAGCAUCCCCUGCGGUCCUCGCCGAGACCCCCGCGCGGAUUCGCCGGUCCGUCCCGCGAGCGUGACAGAGCUGUCCUCGCACCCGGAGGGCAGCAGGGGCCCCGGGGCCCUCUCGCCUCCAGAUUUUUGUGUGGACAUAAGUUUUCAGUUCAUUUGAGUGACUACAUGGGAGGACAAUUGUUGAAUUGUAAUUUAGCUUGAGAGAAAUUUCAUCAUCUGUGCAACCUUCUUAAAGCAAACUAAGACCAGAGGGAGGAUUCUCCUUGACCUUUGAAGACCAACACUAAACUGAAAUUUAAAAUGUUCUUCGGGGGAAAAGGGAGCUUGACCUACACUUUGGUAAUAAUUUGCUUCCUGACACUAAGGCUGGCUGCCAGUCAGAACUGCCUCAACAGGAGUCUAGAAGAUGUUGUCAUUGACAUCCAGUCAUCUCUUUCUAAGGGAAUCAGAGGCAAUGAGCCCAUAUAUACUUCAACUCAAGAAGACUGCGUUAAUUCUUGCUGUUCAACAAAAAUCAUAUCAGGGGACAAAGCAUGUAACUUGAUGAUCUUCGACACUCGAAAAAUAGCCAGACGACCCAACUGCUACCUAUUUUUCUGUCCCAAUGAGGAAGCCUGUCCACUGAAACCAGCAAAAGGACUUAGGAGUUACAGGAUAAUUAGAGAUUUUCCAUCUUUGACCAGAAAUUUGCCAAGCCAAGAGUUACCCCAGGAAGACUCUCUCUUACCUGGCCAGUUUUCACAAGCAGUCACUCCUCUAGCCCGUCAUCACAUAGUUUAUUCAAAGCCCACCGAUAUCUCAUGGAGAGAGAUACUUUCUCAGAAGUUUGGAUCCUCAGAUCACUUGGAGAAACUAUUUAAUAUGGACAAAGCAAGUGCCCAGCUCCUUGUUUAUAAAGAAAAAGGCCAUUCUCAGAGUUCACAGAUUUCCUCUGAUCAAGAAAUAGCUCAUCUGCUGCCUGAAAAUGUGAGUGUGUUCCCAGCUACAGUGGCAGUUGCCUCUCCACAUACCACCUCGGCUACUCCAAAGCCCACCAUCCGUCUACCCAACAAGGCUUCAGUGACACCUUCUGGGACUUCCCAGCCACAGCUGGCCACCACAUCUCCACCUGUAACCACUGUCACUUCUCAGCCUCCCACGACCCUCAUUUCUACAGGUUUUACACGGGCUGUGGCUACACUCCAAGCAAUGGCUACAACAGCAGUUCUGACUACCACCUUUCAGGCACCUACAGACUUGAAAGGCAGCCCAGAAAUGAUACCGUUUACAGAAAUCUCCAACCUCACUUUGAACACAGGGAAUGUGUAUAACCCUACUGCACUUUCUAUGUCAAAUGUGAAGUCUUCCGCUACGAAUAAAACUGCUUCCUGGGAAGGUAGGGAGGCCAGUCCAGGUCGUUCCUCCCAGGGCAACGUUCCAGAAAAUCAGUAUGGCCUUCCAUUUGAAAAGUGGCUUCUUAUCGGAUCCCUGCUCUUUGGUGUCCUGUUCCUGGUGAUAGGCCUCGUCCUCCUGGGCAGAAUCCUCUCAGAAUCACUCCGCAGGAAACGUUACUCAAGACUGGAUUAUUUGAUCAAUGGGAUCUAUGUGGACAUCUAAGGAUGGAACUCAGUGUCUCUU